UAUUUGAUUACCCCUGCCUCUAUUUUCCCCAGGUGACAAACGCACAGGAGCAGUUCCAGCUGACAGACGAGCAGAAGGCCGAACUGAAGGAGGCGUUUGCCUUGUACGCAAAGACAACAACUGGAAGAAUUCCCGUGAGAGACCUGGGGGAGCUGCUCCGAUGUCUGGGCUGGAAUCCGUCUGAGCAAGACCUUGAAGAGGCCAGGCACGAACUUGAGUUGACUGCAAGUGGCAGCCUAUCCCUCACAGAAGUGGAGGAUUACAUCCGUCGACGUGGAGCGCUGUAUUAUGGGAACAGUGCUGAAGAAGAUUUAAUGGCUGCUUUUCAGGUUCUAGACAACCACGGCAGCGGGCGGAUCGCCGUGUCCAGCUUCAGACGCUUCCUAACAACCAUGGGUGAGAAGAUGACACAUGAUGAAGCCGAGGAGCUCAUUGCCAGCUCGACGCUAAGCGGCCAGGAUUAUAUCGAAUGUCGAGACCUUGUCCAGGCCGUGAAAGACUUACCAAAGUGA